GCGCAGGAAGGAAGGCAGGGAAAAGCAGGGAAGGAAGGGAAGGAAGAGGCCGAGGACGAGAGCCGGAGGAGGACUCCAUCUACCGGCCGAGGGGAGAGAGGCAGCCAUGGAAGGAGGGAAUAAAGGGAGGCUGCAUCCAGACCGCAGAAAUAAUGCGGUCGUGACGGUAGAAGAGAGUUUCUUCAAAAACAGGACAAUAAGACCCUGAGGCUGCAAUCCAAUGCUUUCUUGAUUUGAAGGAAGUCACUGUCUCGUGUAGAAAAAUAGUCACUUCAAGAAGAAAAUGAUCAUGACCAUGUCAGGGAAAAAUGUUCUGGCCAAAUUCUUCCCUGUGCUGAUUUUCUCCUUAUGCAGGCUGAUUCCCAAGAUAAGGGGAUGCCACCUCAGACCUCACGGACGAUAUAAAAGAUGAGAUUUUUCUUCAGCUGAUUAUGUGGAAUCCAGACACGGAUCACAUCCCUGACCCAGGACUGCUCAAGCUGUAAUGAUGCUUUGUCUCACUCUUCUCGCCUUAAUUUGUUGCGGCAUCACCAGUGCAGGAGUCAUUCAGGCACGCUCUUCAUCCUAUUCCGGCGAGUAUGGUGGUGGCGGCGGAAAACGCUUCUCACACUCUGGGAACCAGCUGGAUGGACCAAUAACAGCCAUUAGGCUUCGAGUUAGCCGCUAUUACAUUGUGGGUCUCCAGGUCCGUUAUGGCAAACAGUGGAGCGACUACGUAGGUGGCUCAUCUGGAGACCUGGAGGAGAUCUUUCUGCACCCAGGCGAGUCCAUCACUCAGGUCUCUGGAAAAUAUAAGCACUACCUCCGUAAAAUCGUGUUCAUCACUGACAAAGGGCGCUACUUCCCCUUUGGGAAGGACACAGGCACCAGCUUUAAUGCAGCUCCACUAUACCCGGGUACCGUCCUGCGUUACUUCAGUGGCAGUUCUGGUUCUCUCAUUGAUGCCAUCGGCUUGCACUGGGACAGCUACCCCAGUAACUGCCCCAGCUGUGGAAAGUGAGGGGCAUAAAACAGUGAGAGACAAGCUGAUCAGUGGGAAGGGGAAGAGGCACCUCAUGGGGAAAAUGGGGCGUCUUUGGCUUCACCCCACGUGGCCAUCAUACCCACAUAUGCUACCAGUCAUAUAGUCCAUUCUCCUCAAACCCCAUUUUCAUUGCUCAGUUAAGCCAACCCAAAUCUUGCCUCAGCCCUGACCCAUUUCUUCAGAGCUUUGUCUCCUCUCAAAUGACCAGCACAACCGCUGCUACAA